UUCCGUCAUCAUCUGAAGGAAUAAGAAAUACAAAGUGAGCAAUGGAGCACAACUCCUCCAUCCUAUCCGCAAAUUGAUCGGUCUGCGAGUUUGCAUCGGCAUAGCAGCAGCUUCAUAAGCCUUCGAUAUGGCUUUACCUCCAUUGAAGAGCGUUGUUGAAUGCGCUGAUUUCUCGAAGACCGUUGUCCCCUACAUCUCACAGCUAUACACGCUCCCAGAACAGCUCCUCCAGUCCUACAACAAACCUGAGGAGCUUCUGGCUAUCUACCUAGCCACCAAUCCCCUCGUAUCCGCUUUCGCAUUCUCGCUCUUCAUAUCUCCGUUCUUCCUCCUGAUUUCGGAGAUCAAUAAGAACUACUCGCAAGUAGACAGGUGCUGGAGCCUCCUGCCUACACUCUAUAAUGCCCAUUACGUUGUGUAUGCCCAUUUGGCAGGCCUGCCAACUCAGCGCCUUGACAAUUUAAUUGCUGUUAGCACCGUGUGGAGUCUGAGGUUGACCUUCAAUUACUGGCGCAAGGGAGGAUACAGUAUUGGAUCGGAGGAUUACAGAUGGGAGGUCCUUCGAAAGAAGAUCAGCCCGGCGCUGUUCUUCGUAUUCAACGUCGUCUUCAUAUCCCUCGCGCAAAACAUACUGCUCUUCUUGGUUUCAACACCCACAUACGUCAUGUUACUUGUAUCUCGUUUUAAUGGAACAAUGGGUACGGCCGACAUAAUAUUUGCGAGGAUCCUAAUGGGCUUAAUACUGGUGGAGUUUCUCGCAGAUCAACAGCAGUGGAAUUACCAGAAAGCAAAGAAAGCCUACCAGAAAAGCGCCAAAGUGCCACCAGGUUUCAAUCAAGAAGACCUCGAUCGUGGGUUUGUGGUGACCGGUCUCUGGUCGUGGAGCCGCCACCCCAACUUCGCAGCUGAGCAGGCAAUCUGGGUCAUAAUAUACCAAUGGGGUUGCUGGGCGUCCGAAGUCCUCUACAAUUGGACUAUCUUGGGUGCUAUGUCGUAUAUCUUCCUCUUCCAGGCGUCAACGUGGUUCACCGAGCUCAUCACCUCGAGCAAGUACCCGGAUUACAAAGAGUAUCAACAGUUGGUUGGCAAGUUUUUACCCAUACCUGGCUCGAGCUUACCAGCAGAGCCCACCGAUCAGAAAGCAAAACCCAAACCCAAACAGAAGACAAAAGAAGGCCGUCGGUAAACGGGCAAGGCAUAUUUAGAGAAGCGUAUCUAGAGAAGUGGUUGCUAUUUCACCUUAAUGAAGCCAUUGCGGGCUGGAUUAUGAACAUAUCUGUAAUAGGAGUCUCAGGGUCAAAAAUGAUUAUAGUAAUCUCGAAUGAUUUACCAACAUCCCAAAUUACAUAACAAG